AUAACAGUCAGUCGACAGGUGAAUAUUGACAGCGCCACACGCUUAUUAGAAUCACUCGGAACCAGAACCAGAACCAUACAAAAAUCACAGCUUUACAAUGAUUUCUCGAGUUCUGUUGGUAGGACUAGCUUUUGCAUGUGCAAUUGAAAUAAGUUGUGGUCAAGGGAUUUUUGAUCGUCGUCAAGCGGCACCACCUCCCAAUGACGCCGGACAGAUAAAAGUUAUAAACGGAAAAGUCAAAAGAUACGAACGUUUAACGGUACCGAUACUUGGCUAUAACCCAGGACAUACCCUAUAUUAUAAUAUUAAUGAAAAUAUGUGGCAAGCCUCUGCGACAAUCGUGCCAGAUGCUCCCGAUUCCCCAAUUACAGGAUCGGUAACAUUUAACCAAUGGCCAGCAAAUAAUUAUGUCAAACUUUCAAUUAACGUGACAGGACUUCCGGUGGGAAAGCACGCCUUCCACAUCCACACCUUUGGAGAUGUUAGCAUGGGCUGCAAAUCCACUGGUGGCCAUUUCCCCAACAAUUUUAUUGGCAAUGUUGACACAAAAGAAGAUGGCAGUAUUUCGAGUGUGUUCCUUAGCUCUUACCUAACGCUGUUUGGUAUCCACGGAAUCAUUGGACGUUCAAUUGUGAUUCAUAGCAAACCGAUUGACAUUAAUAAUUCCCUGAACGCCGAGGUCUUCUCUUCGUCACUGCAAGCGCUACCCGAUGCAGUGGCAUUUCAGAACGAAGAGAAUUCCGUGGGGCCAGCGAUUGCGUGCGGUGUAAUUAGUAUAACUAGUAGUAAUGGCGGUAUGAUGAAUGGAGGCAUGAUGCCUCCUCCACCAACUUUGUAAAUUUGUUUUAUUUUUUUAUUUUUUUGAUCAAAUGAGAGUAUAAUAAUAAAAUUUCUAAUUCUAUUUGCUGUGCAAAUAUAAA